ACACAGACACACCCACAUUUGUAGAAUAAACGCCAGUCGUUCUUGAAAUUGUAGAGACCUUGAUCUAUAUCCUACACUCAAAUAAUCUCGCAGGCUAGGCUGAAAUACAAAGAAACACCUGAUAUGCGUUUAUGCUACACGUAUGUACGUCGUAUACGUACACGUCGUCUGAUCCCAGGCCAUUCAUGACUUGCGAUUUCAGCGGGGAGAGAUAGUUCUCGAGGCCACGAAAAACUUAGUAUUAGUAUCAACCUCUCUUUUCAAGGAAUAUCAUCAUGUCUAAGAUUCAAGGAGGAACCGUUGUUGAGAUGCAAGGAGAUGAAAUGACAAGGAUUAUAUGGGAGACGAUUAAAACCAAGCUGAUAUUUCCGUUCAUUGAUCUUAACAUUCAGAGUUAUGAUCUUAGUAUUCAGAACAGAGAUGCAACAAAUGACCAAGUGACCGUUGACUGUGCUGAAGCUAUCAAGAAAUGUAAUGUAGGCAUUAAGUGUGCUACCAUUACACCAGAUGAAAAGAGAGUUGAAGAAUUCAACCUAAAGAAGAUGUGGAAAUCCCCAAAUGGAACAAUUAGAAACAUUCUUGGUGGUACGGUCUUCAGGGAAGCUAUCAUCUGCAAAAACAUUCCAAGACUGGUAGUUACAUGGAAUAAACCUAUUGUUAUUGGGCGUCAUGCACAUGCCGAUCAGUACAAAGCAACAGACUUUGUAGUUCCUGGCAAGGGAAAGAUUGAACUAACCUACACACCAGAAGAUGGAAGUGAACCCAAGUCAUUCACUGUUCAUAACUUUGUAGAUGGAGGUGGCGUUGCCAUGGGAAUGUUCAAUACUGACGUAUCUAUUCAGAACUUUGCUCAUUGUUGUUUCCGCUAUGCUCUAGAUCGGGGCUAUCCACUUUACCUCAGCACAAAGAAUACGAUUUUGAAACGUUACGAUGGUCGGUUUAAGGACAUAUUCCAGGAGAUCUACGAGACGACAUACAGAAGUGACUAUGAGGCGAAGAAUCUCUGGUACGAGCACAGAUUGAUUGAUGAUAUGGUAGCCUUCGCAAUGAAGAAUGAAGGAGGAUUCGUCUGGGCUUGCAAGAAUUAUGAUGGAGAUGUACAGAGCGAUUCUGUAGCACAAGGUUAUGGAUCCCUGGGUAUGAUGACGUCAGUUCUGAUCUGUCCCGAUGGAAGGACGAUUGAGUCCGAGGCUGCUCAUGGAACGGUGACAAGACAUUAUCGUAUGCAUCAACAAGGCAAAGAAACGUCUACAAACUCAGUUGCAUCCAUAUUUGCCUGGACCAGGGGUCUUUCACAUCGUGCUAAGCUGGACAGUAAUGAAGCCCUUGCUAAGUUCUCUGCUGCUUUAGAAGAAGCAUGCAUCGAGACUAUAGAGGGCGGUAUAAUGACCAAAGAUCUUGCAAUCUGCAUCAAAGGAAUGGCAAAUGUUGUCCGUUCUGACUAUGUCAACACGUUUGAAUUCAUUGAUAAAGUUGCUGAAGCUGUCGCUGCAAAGUGUAAGUGACUGGAAAGUAGCAAACUGUGAAUCCUUAACUCCAUAAAUUAAAUAAAUUAAAGUCUUAUUCUAUGUCUUAAUCGUAUAAAGUCAAAUGUAUUUUUUUUUUCAGGCGGGAAAUUCAGUAACAAAUUUAUGUCGGAUCUUUUGUUUCAGCUGCUUGAAAGUUUAUUUAAUAUGAAAAUCAUUUCAUGAAUGUAGUAUUGAUCAGUGAAUAUUGUCUGCAUAGUGACACAAGGAAAUCAAUUCAUAGCCCUGUCUUACACAUAGUGUUUUGAUUGGUCCAAUCAAUCACAAUUAUGGAAAGCCAACAAAUACCGAAUGCAUAUGACUAUUGAAAGUGUUUUCUAAAUACAGUGUCAGCAUCAUUGUUGAUAAGUCAAUGUACAUGUCUGUUUCCAGAGGGAUGUUGUUUACAUUUAAUUUUAAAAUUGAUUUCCAUAGUUGAGACUGACUGGAUCAGUUACAAUCUUGUGUGAAACAAGCAAUGAUGAGAUCAAUUUAAGAUAUAAUAAAAGAAAAUGGAUUUAGGAUAUUACGUUCUAAUGGCUUCACAGAGCAGUUAUAUAAAAAUGAGUUAUUAAAAUGUUGAUUGACAUAAAACGUCUUCCACCAAAUCCAGAGGGGUCUUUUCAUAAAGCUGUUUGAAAGUUAUAAAUGAUUUUACUGAUCACCCCUUCUUGAAGUAAAUGAUAUACCCCAAAUUUGUAUUGGUAUUGCUUUUAUAGCUCCAUUUAAAUGAUCCAAUCACCAUGGCCCAGUCUUGAGUUAUGAGAGUAGCUCCUUAGACAAGGUUACCAGUCACUUAUAAAGUCAUUUGUAACUAAGGAUUAGUUUUAUGAAACACCCACCUGGGGACGUUUCAUAAAGCUGUCUGUAAGUUAAGAGUGAAUUUAAGAAUGGCUGGAGAUCCUUUCUUACACACCAAUAAAUCACCAGUCAGUGAACAUUUAAUGGUGAAUAUGAUAUACCACAAAAAAGGAUAACCAGUCGUUUUUAUAGUCACACAUACCUAAAGAAUAGCUUUAUGAAACAUCCACCUUUAGGCUUAAAUAGAAUGAAAAGCCUUAAAGCAUAUACAAAAAAAAAUCCACCUUGUGCUGUAUUUUGAUAAUGAAAGACACAGUAUUUACUUGUAUAUGAUAUUCAAACAUCAAUAUUUGUUAUGAAUGUUAUGAGCAGUUUAAAUGUCAUUUUAUGAUAAAUCAACAUUUGUUUGUUUGAUAGGGGGUUGAAUGAAAGGAAGAUUAAGUUAGUGAUAGCAGUGUUCAUACAUUUGUUUGAUAGGGGGUUGAAUGAAAGGAAGAUUAAGUUAGUGAUAGCAGUGUUCAUACAUUUGUUUGAUAGCGGGUUGAAUGAAAGGAAGAUUAAGUUGGUGAUAGCAGUGUUCAUACAUUUGUUUGAUAGGGGGUUGAAUGAAAGGAAGAUUAAGUUAGUGAUAGCAGUGUUCAUACAUUUGUUUGAUAGCGGGUUGAAUGAAAGGAAGAUUAAGUUGGUGAUAGCAGUGUUCAUAUAAUGGCUUUGAUUGAUUAGGAUUUACAGAUUUUAUUAAAACUCUUAGGGUUCUAUGUUCAUUGUUUUUGUUCGGUUUUAAUAUUUUUGAUUAAUUUAACUUAGUUUUUACUGUGUGUGAUUCUGAUAGGUUUUGACUUGUUAUUCUAAUUUUGUUGCUUUGCUUAAUAUUUUUGUUUCUUUCUAAUAGGUGAUCAAUUGUAUGUUUUGUGUAACCUUGAUAUAAGACUUGCAUCAAUAACCAGUGUAGUUGUAUAUACAUAGACACAUUCCAGUCAUGGCCUUUAAAAAAAAAAACACGAUAUGAAUGAUUCCCAAGAUUUUGAUAGAUGUAUGAAUUUAAAAUUAUCUGAGUUUUGUCUUAAACCUCGCAAUAUUGAAUUGAAGAUAGAAUUUGAUAUGAGAUGACUAUUUUUUAUGUAUGAUUCUGAUGCGAUGACCUUGGUUCGUUGACUGGAAAGAAAAUUUGGACUAAGAAAAAUUAAGAGAAAUAUUGAAAGUUUGUAAAAAAAAUCUAUUUAAAAAUGAGAGAUUUGUGAAUUGCCAAAGUUUCCAUCUCUUAUGCAAGCAGCUUUCCAUUUAUAUUUGUGUAGCAAACGUGCAGCUUACAGGCAGGGGCAAAGCUGUGAAAUUUCGUGCAAAUAAUUUAUCAUCAAUUCACCAUGCAAUUAUAGUUGUCAUCAUUCUUAAAAGCAACGCUGUAGAAAUACAUAUUUAGAACAUUGUUUAGAGCUGUGUAUUUUUUCUACCCAAUUUCUAUUAAAUUAUUGAUUGCACUUGAA